CGUGUGUGUGCGUGCGCGUGUUCCAAAUCUGUUGUAUGUGUUGUAUAUAAACUCCCGUUCGAAUGGAGACCGGUUUUCCGACCGGGCAGAGGCUGCGGUUUCCUCUCCCCCACCCUGCCCAUUGUUUCCCGCGCCGCGCAGAUCGCAGUCGCGAUGCGAGAGGAACGUCGGAGCGGCCGCCUGUCCCCCCUUUCCAAUUAUAGAUGGAUCAUUACGGAGCGCGCAGGAGUAAGAAGCCAGCUGCCCGCUCUGCACAUGAAUGCAUUCGCCUCCUAGAGAGCCGCCCGCCAUCAUGCUCUGGAAACUGGUGGAGAACGUCAAGUACGAGGAUAUCUACGAGGACCGGCACGACGGCGUCCCCGGACACAGCUCCCGCCUCUCGCAGCUGGGCUCGGUCUCGCAGGGGCCCUACUCCAGCGCCCCGCCGCUCUCGCACACCCCGUCGUCGGACUUCCAGCCGCCCUACUUCCCGCCGCCCUACCAGCCGCUCCCCUACCACCAGAGCCAGGACCCCUACUCCCACGUCAACGACCCCUACGCCCUGAACCCCCUCCACCAGCCCCAGCAGCACCCAGGGGGACAGCGGCAGCGCCAGGAGGUGGGCGCCGACGCCGGCUCGCUCCUGCCCCAGCCGCGGGCCUCCCUGCCGCAGCUCUCCGGCCUCGACCCCCGGCGGGACUACCACGCCGUCCGGCGGCCCGACGUCCUGCUCCACUCCGCCCACCACGGCCUGGACUCCGGCAUGGGGGACGCCCUCUCGCUCCACGGCCUCGGACACCCCGGCAUGGAGGACGUCCAGGCGGUGGAAGAUGCAAAUAACAGCGGCAUGAACCUGUUGGAUCAAUCCGUCAUCAAAAAAGUUCCGGUUCCUCCGAAAUCCGUUACUUCCCUGAUGAUGAACAAAGAUGGCUUCCUGGGAGGCAUGUCGGUGAACACGGGAGAAGUGUUCUGCUCGGUCCCAGGGCGCCUGUCCCUGCUCAGUUCCACGUCCAAGUACAAAGUGACGGUGGGGGAAGUUCAACGGCGCCUCUCUCCGCCCGAAUGUUUGAACGCCUCGCUCCUCGGAGGCGUCCUUAGACGAGCCAAAUCGAAAAACGGGGGCAGAUCGUUGCGAGAGAGGCUAGAAAAAAUCGGCUUGAAUUUACCAGCCGGCAGGCGCAAAGCCGCAAAUGUCACUUUACUCACCUCCUUGGUGGAAGGAGAAGCUGUACAUUUAGCUCGGGAUUUCGGAUACAUCUGCGAAACCGAAUUUCCAGCCAAAGCCGUUUCCGAAUAUCUCAACAGACAGCACACGGACCCCACUGAUCUCCACUCCAGGAAGAACAUGCUGCUGGCCACCAAGCAACUUUGUAAAGAGUUCACGGAUCUCCUGGCCCAGGACAGGACACCCAUCGGGAACAGCCGGCCCAGCCCCAUCUUGGAACCCGGGAUCCAGAGCUGCUUGACUCACUUCAGCCUCAUCACCCACGGCUUUGGGUCGCCGGCCAUCUGCGCCGCCCUGACCGCGCUCCAGAACUACCUGACGGAGGCGCUCAAAGGCAUGGACAAGAUGUUCUUGAACAACAGCUCCGCCAACAGGCACACUUCUGGGGAAGGACCAGCUUUGCCCGCAUGGCUCAUGAGCUUCUUCAAAGAUGACUAGAACUCCCUACACAUUUCAUCAGGUACAGAGAUGAAAAUCCACAAUCCUGACUCCUUUUCUUUUAUUAUUAUUAUUAUUCAAAUCAAAGCCAGCGGUGUUUUUGUUUUUCUCGGAAUUCUGCCAGCGUACUUCUUUAAAGAAGCUCAAAGGGGAUAGAUUAAAGGAAGCACAGGUAACGGGGUAGGGCGGCGUGACAGGGAGAAGCCAGAUGCUUUGGGGGCUCAUGCGGAAUGAUCUUGCUAGCGCUGUA